AUGGGUUCUUGUGCAGGAUCAGGAUAAAAUAAAUAAAAGCAUUCGAGAGAUGAAAGAAUUAGAACAGAACCAGAUAAAGGAAGAGGAAGUGAUGCUUUCACUGGUGGGGUCAAUGUCUCUAAUGCAUCCGGAAAAAGUGCAGAAUUGAAAUGGUUGGAUUUGCCAAAUUAGAAAAAGAAGACAAUGAAAAAGUAAGAAAGUCUCAAAGUCACACUUUCAAUCACAAAUGGUCCUAUAUCAAAAUACUAUAUUCGAAAGAACCUUCGUUAUUUAGAAGGUGUAAAUUUUAAAGAUAAUAUGUUUGUUGUUCAACAUAUCGUUACUGGAAAAAUUCGAGUGGCAGAGAGAUUUUCAAUGAAUACAGUAACGAAUGCAUUCAUCAAUAAAAUAAUCUACUUAUAAUUAAACCAUCCUAAUUUGCUUGAUAUUUAUGGAAUAUUUUUAGAAAAUAACUAUUACACAAUUAUAACUGACUAUUGCAAUGGGGGAUCACUUUUAUCACUACUUUCUGAGAGAAAUACUCAUUUUGAAGAAGGAAUUGCUGCUUAAUGUUGCCGAUAAAUAUAUGAAUUAAUGAGCUAUUUACAUAAAUAUGGACUUUAUCAUGGUUCAUUAAGUUUGAGAAGUUUUGAGAAAUACAAUUAAGGAAAGAAACACUUUAAACUAAAGCUUGUUGAUUUUAGUAGUUUAUUUUGUAAAUCAGAUAUUAAUGAAAGCAACGUGCAAUUUUUAUCACCUGAAUGUUGCAGUGAAAAGUAAAGCUAUACGGCUGCUAGAGAUUAAUGGGCAGUUGGAAUAAUUACCAUGGCUAUAGCUUUUGGUAAACUACCCUUUGAUGCAAACUCAUUGUAAGAAUGCUUGGAAAAUAUUCAAUCGUCUUGUAAGAAGGAGGGUUUUUUGCAAAAAGAAUUGGAGAAAUAAAUUGGCAAUCCUUUAAUUAAAGAUUUGGUACUUUAAUUUUUGCAGAUUGUUCCAUCGAAAAGGAUAGAUUUUAUUUAAGCUUUGGAUUCUAAAUGGAUGAAAAACUAUGAGCAGGUUUCCAAAUAGUAAUUCAAGCAAUGCUUAGAUGAAUUAACUAAAAAAGAGGCAAACUUUCUUCAAUCUUGCUUUCUUUUAAUGAUGAUUAAAUAAUUCGAUGAUUAAUACUCUUAAAUAUAAGAAAUAUUUAAUGGAUUGGAUAUCGACAAGAAUGGUAGACUCACUAAACCGGAAUUAGUUAAACAUUACACCCAAUAUUUUAAUGCCCAAUACAAGCCUCAUGAGAUUCAUGACUUUGUUAAUGAAAUAUUUACAGCUUCAGACAUAAAUAAUAGUGGUGACAUAGAACUUUCUGAAUUUUUGAUUGCCCUAUCAAAUCCUAAAACUAUUAUAACUAAUGAAAACCUAAAGUGCAUUUUCAAUCAAAUCAAUCAAGGUCAACCUUUUGGUUUUAAUGAAUUACAACCAUUAUUUAGAACCAAGGAAGCAGAAAUUCAAAGUUCACUUCAACAAAUUCCAAAUCAAAUUAUUAAUUUUGAGGAGUUUUAAAAACUUAUGUUUGAAUUAAUAGAAGAUAAAUGA